CUCUCAGUGACACCAUGGCGGUGUGGACUCGAGCCUCCCGCUCGGGGCUCCUGGAGCUCCUCCUGCAGGAUCACUGGGUGCGGGUCCAGGCCGAGCUGUCCGGGGAGAGUCUCAGCCUGACCUCGGAGGAGGAGCCGGCGCCGCUAAACGGGCUCAGCAAUGGCCCAGAGCCUGACACCCCCCGCAGGGGACCCCCCGGCGGCCAUCCGCGGGCUCCGAGUCGGGACUGGGCAGCCCGGGAUCCCGCUUCCCCGCCGACAGCCCGGAACCGGUGAGGAGGGUCCGGGUGGUGAAGGAGUCGGGCGGGCUGGGAAUCAGCAUAAAGGGCGGCCAGGAGAACAGGAUGCCGGUCCUCAUCUCCAAGAUCUUCCCGGGACUGGCCGCCGACCACAGCCGGGCUCUGCGGGUGGGAGACGCCAUCCUGUCCGUCAACGGGACCGACCUGCGGAGCGCCACCCAUGACCAGGCGGUGCAGGCGCUGAAGAAGGCGGGGAAGGAGGUGACCCUGGAAGUGCGCUUCUUGCAGGACGUGUCUCCCUACAUCCGGAAAGCUUCCCUAGUUGGCGAUCUUCCCUGGGACGGUUUUGAACUGACGGAUCCAUCACACAGCGAUACAUCUGGUUCCCCCAAACAUGGCUCCAGGGACUACAAAGUCAUCCCCUUAAAAAUGUGCUACGCGGCCAGAAACCUGAGCAUGUUCGACCCUGAGGGCCGGCUGGUGGAACUGCGCUCUCCUGAUGGGUGUCACUCAAUCGUUCUCCGGUGUCGAGACUCCGCCUCCGCGUUGUCCUGGUCACAGGCCCUGCACAAUAACGUCACGGCGCUGCUGCCGCAGGUGCUGGCGGAGAUGCAGUGCAUGCUGGGAGCUGCCAGCGAGGACCUCAGGCACUUAGGCUGGGUGGCAGAACAGGUAUCUCAGGACGAUGGGAGGGCGUCAUGGAAUCCGGCCCUGGCAGUCGUCUCACAGAGGGAUUUUCUGCUGUUUACUGCAAUGCCAAGGACACGAGAGGAGUGGGCAAACCCGAAACAGAAGCUGCCACUUAUAUCCACCAGGUUGGUGCACUCUGGUCCUGGGCACACGUCACCUUCUCUGGGGCCACACCUGACCUUUGCCACCCGCACAGGAUGUCCUCAGGGCAUAGACAUACGUGUCUUCCGUGUGGAGAAUCAGAGGGACCUCUCGGCAUGGACACGAGCGCUGGUGCAAGGUUGCCAUGCAGCAGCGGAACUCACAAGGAGGUCACCAUCAGCUGCACUCUGCGCGGGGAAGCCGUCUCACUCUCCAUCCACUUUGAUUCGGGAUUCACAUUGUGCCGAGGAGGCCCGUCGGGGCCCGUCAUUCACAGAUAUCCUUUUGAAAAGCUCAGAAUGUCGGCCGAUGAUGGAAGCAAACAUCUUUACCUGGACUUUGGUGGCCCAGAAGGAGAGCUGGCUCUGGAUCUGCACACAAGUCCGAAGCCUGUUGUUUUCCUGUUGCACACAUUCCUUUCUGCUAAAGUCACACGGAUGGGUCUGCUGGCCU